GUGCAGAAGUUGGUUCAACAUCUUUUACUUUAUAAAGUAAUUAUAUACUCGUUCCAAUUCAACUGCAAGUUAUUUUUUCAAUUGAAACAAUGUCUUAUUUUCAACCAUCUACUUGAUUCCCGCCAAUUUUACAUUGAAACUUUUAAAACUAGGUUAUUAUAUAAUUGUGAUCUAAUCGUGUUGAGUGCAGUUUAAGUAAUAGAGAAUUGUCGUGUCUAUACAAUUUGGGUAUGCAGCUUGGAUCAUACGUCAAUCGUACUUGGGGUUUCAUCAUCCGUCUCAUCCGUUCUCCCACUCUCUCUUCAUACAAUCGCUCCUCCUUCUCCAACCAUUACCUUUUUCCUAUUCCUUUCCUCGUUACCUUACUUCCAUCUCUUUUUAUGAGCAGAGGUAUACGCCCGACAGCCGGCAGUCUCGGUCAAGCUUCCGUAAGGUGUAUUACAUUCGGCUAUUUUCUAAAUUUUCUUCAUAUAUUUUGUGUACAAUAUUUUUCACAAUUUCAAUGAAAUAUCUACAAAAAUUGUGUCAAUUAAUUCUACGUACAGGAGCUUUAAAGUACAUAAAUACUAUAAGAUACCACCGUCCAGUUUUUGAUGAAUCUUCAAAGAAAGCAUGGAUCAAGCAAAAUUUCACUGAACAUUUGGAUGAUUGACGGAAGUGAAACUUAAACAACGAUAAAAAACCAGAGAUACAAUAGACUCAAACUGAAAGAUGGUAUCAAAAAUAUUGAAGAACCGCCAAGGGAAAGAUAAAAAGAGAAUCCCGCACACGUGGUCUACCGAUGAGUAGAAUAACAAUACUCGUAAAAUCGUCCAAGAAAAGUAGGAGGAAGAAAAUUAUAAUGUGGUAGUGGAACUGAGAGUUUCUUUAUAGUUAAGCUUUAAAGUGUGAUCGUGUUGGGGUAAAAGCCCAGUAAAGCCACGUGCCGCGCACUCGCCAAAUCGAUGAUUAUUCUACGUUGCAACGUUCAACAGAUAAAGAAACAAAAAAGAAGUUUUUCUUCUUUCCCGAUCGACGAUAAUUCUAAAGCACAUUGACUGUGAAAUUAUUUAUAUUUGAGGUCAGUUUAUGCACACAAGCACAAAAAAGAAGAUACACUAAUAUAAUUAUCAAAUGUCAAAUAUUAGAGAACUGUCUUUUUAGACAUUAGUAAAUAUUACCAAAUGCGUGUAUCGGUGUAGAAAUAGAGAAGCUUCUAUAAGAUUGUUUUAAGCUUAUAAGAUAAAAGUCAACAAGAUAUGCUUCAUUUUCAAAUUCAACAAGAUAAGAUCAUUUUUUAAAAUAAAAGAUCGAUCAAGUAAAGUUUUACGUCUAUAUUCAAACUGCGAUCCUACGUUUUUCGAACGUUUAAAAUGGAAAGCAGAAACGAGAACACGGGCCUCUGGGUGUUCGGAUACGGAUCUCUGUGCUGGUAUCCCGGUUUCGAAUACAAAAGAAGCAUCGUAGGAUACAUAAAGGGCUUUAGCAGGAAAUUCUGGCAAGGCAACACAACCCAUCGCGGUACACUUGAAAACCCUGGACGUGUAGCUACAUUGGUGGAGGACACAGAGGGCAUUGUUUAUGGGCGAGCGUUUGAAGUCCAGGAUAACGCGGCUCUACCAUAUUUGGAAAAUCGUGAAUGCACUUUGGGAGGAUAUAUGACAACGAUUACAGCAUUUUAUGGCCGCGAAGGAAACGGAAACUUUCCUGUCGUCAUUUAUAUAGCUACUAACAGAAACGAACACUGGCUUGGCGAAGCGCCCCUACAGCACAUAGCGAAACAAAUCUCCGAAUGUUCUGGACCGAGCGGUCACAAUGUUGAAUAUCUAUUACGAUUAGCAGAGUUUAUGCACCGUUAUCUGCCAGAAGCUCACGACGAACAUCUGUUCACACUGGAACUGCUAGUGCGUUCGAGGAUAAAAGAGAAAAAUAUGUGUCUCACGACGCUAAUGGGUGACCGAGACUUUAAUAUCGACCUCGAGAAUGUUGAAAUCGAUGUCAGGGAUGAGGAGGACAACGAUUUGGUCGGUAAUGACGCUGCCAACAAUCUCAGGGAGAAUUCCUUCCAAUUUAUCUCACAAGUACCUGAUAAACUUCUGCGUUGUCUCAAAAUGUAGAUCGUAUUUAUAAUUCCGUUGCUCGUUAUAUUUAUUUGGAUGGAGAAGGAGGCAACACGUAUAUGUAAUUCGUGGCGAGCACACGAGAAAAACUUUUAAUUAUCCUUCGUAGAUAUUAAUGUGAAAACAUUCGUAUCGUCCGAGAAUAGCGAACUGAAUAAGGAAAGUCAUUAUUCCCGGAUAUUUUGGCUGUGAUACGAAUGUACUAUAUUUUAAGAAUUGUAACGAGUAAUGUUUCGGCAGCUUCCUGUUAACAAUGUACAUUUAUAUACGUUUGACUACGGCACUAUUGUUUACGGCUAUAUUUUCAUAGCCAAACUCGUGCCUUGAUAAAAAACAAACAUUUAGCGCAAGUGCUCGUUCCUAUCAUGUUUUUAGUUAUAAAUUAAUAUAGCACAAUUUUAUAUUUUCACACGUGAAACGAGCUAAUUUAUGAAAAUAGAGACAAAUAUA